AUGAGUUAUAUUGCGGGCGAGAACGUGCACUUUGACUACGAAGGGCACUCUGUCCGCAUGAAACCGCAAGCGAGAACCCAUGCUGGCGCAAAAGUGAAGGUCCAGGUCCAGCUCAACAACGAGAAAGACGAGUAUCCGGAGUCGAGGGUUAUCAAGAUAGGCGAGAACGGCGACGUUGUGGUGAGCGAGCUGAGCGAGCUGAGUUCUGCGGAUGCACACAGUCAUUCCGAGCACAGUGAUGACGACUACUGUCACUCGUGCGACCACGAUAACUGCUCGGAGCACUUUGAGGACUACGACGAGGACUACGACGAGUGCGUGCACCACCAGCCGCCCAUGACGCACGAGAAAUUGUACUGGAGCGGCACAUUGCCGAGCGUGGAGGAGCGCGAGCAAGUGCGGGAGUUCUGGACGCAACUGGACGAGCAGAAGCGCCGCGAUCUGCUCAACGUCGAGUAUACCGAGGUGUACAAGGUUGUACACGAGAACCCGCCCGGGUGCAACUGCCGGGGCUGCAGCGGGCCGAAAAAGGCGUUUGAGCGCGAUUUGGAGAAGCUGUACCAUGCAAUGCGCAUGACUGCGAACGAGGAUCUCGAGCUGAGCUCGGCCCUGGUGCACGAGAUGCUGGGGCUUGAGGACCCGAAGCCGGCCCCGACAACGAUCCAGGACAUCGGCCGUGUGGCCGACGAUAUACUGAACAACAAUGGCAGCUCGUUCAUUGAUCUGGUGGAGCAGCUGGACGAGGAGCGCGGUCUCCGACCUGACGACGACGGCGACGACGAGGAGUACGACUAUGACGAGGAGUACGAGCUCGAGAGCGAGCGGCAACGCAAGCAGCUUCACAACGCGUACCGGUAUCUGCAGGUGGUGAUUGCGCGGAUCAUCAGCGGGCGGUUGGUGGCGGCCUACAAGGAGAAAGUGGCCGAGGACAGCACGCGGCAGCUGAUCGAAGAGCUGGAGGCAGAGGAGCGCCGCAAGAAGGAGAAGGAGGAAAAGGAACGCCGCAAGAAGGAGAAGCUCAAAGAAAAGAAGCGGUUGCAGCAGCUGGCCAAGGAGGAGGAGCGCCGCAAGCGCCAGGAGGACAAGCUUGAGCAGGAACGCAUACACCAGGAGGAGAUGCGGCGAAAAACCGAAGAGGGCCGCCGGCGCAAGGAGGAAGAGAGACGCAAGCGUGAGGAGGAACAGCGGCGCCGCGAGGAGGAGCAACGGCGCCGGCGCGAGGAGAAGCAGCGCAAGGAGGAGGAGAAGCGACGCGAGAAGGAGCGCCAGGAGCGCGAGGCUGCUCUCAGCGCCCAGCCACCCACAAAUGGCUUGUGCGCACCCGCCAACAGUUCUGUCGACGGCAAUUCCGCCUCCGCCCCGGUGUCGUACUCCGCGGAACAGCUCAGCCAGCUGCUCUCGAAGCUGAACAUACCUGUCGACAAGCCGGCUCCCGAACCAGUGCCGGCCACACAGCCCGUCGCGCAGUCCUCCCUCCCCCAGAACCCGCCACAUAGCCUGUUUGACUUCCCGGAACCGCAGCUGCCCUCCCUUACGGUGCCACAGCUCUCCACGCUGGACCUGUUCCCAGACUCGCUCCCACAGCUCAAGGAACCGUUCCCGUCCAUCAACAGCUCGAUAUGGGACCUGCCGGCAUCGCAAAAGUCCAUCUGGGGCCCCUCUUCCAUCUGGUCAAAGCCGUCUGCGCUUUCGCCGGCUCAGAUUGAGGCGGUGCAGAUCGAAACGAUCAAAGCAACUGCAACGCUGGUUGCCGACAACCAGUGUUAUCCGGCAAAUCUACUCUACACAUGCACCCGUAAGGCAAUGCUGUCUUCGUACAGUCUGGACCUGACAAUGGAUCAAUUCGCAGACAGUCUCGCGUCCAAGGUGAGCCAGAAGCUGGGCGUCGCGUUCGACAUCAUCUACGACGAACUGGCAACGCCCGCGUUGGUGAAGGUGUCACCUGUCGCGACCGACGUGAGCAUAAAUACGUGGAAUAUCGGGUUUUAAGGCUCAUUAUAUAAGCAACCUGUAUCUAACCAUUUUCUG